UUAAAUCAAUCAAUGAAAUAAAUAUAUGCCAAAUUCAACGCCUUAAAAUAUUUCAAAAUAUUCAAAUCAAACAUGAGUGUAAGUGAAAAAACUUUUCCUGGCCGAAUUCAGUUGAUAAGAAAAAUAAGUGCACAAGAUCCAUUAUUGGACAAGAAACAACAAGACAUUCGAAAAGAAACAGAAGAUGAGAACAUUCAAAAAUUUCAAAUUUUACCAAUUGAACAUCAUUCAUCAGGAUUUGGCAAUGGAAUUAUAACAUUGAACGACUGUUGUUUUCAUUUUAAGUGUCCUGAGAUUAUUAAAGAGAGUAGGGGACAAAAUCGGCUGUAUUUCAAAAGCAAUGAAGAUUCAAAGGCUAAUAGGACCAAGGAGAGUAUCUGUGUUACUAAUACCAGGUAUUCUGUUAUACCAAAUGUAUCCAAGUCAAUGGGAUUUAAAAUUGUGAAGGAUAUGAAAUUGUGGAAUAUUUUGUGGACAGAUUCGAUGCCAGGAGUAGAAGUGUAUAAGAAUAUGAAACGUUUUCAGCAAAUCAAUCAUUUUCCCGGAAUGAUUGAAAUCUGUAGAAAAGAUCUUCUUUCUCGAAAUUUAAACAGGAUGUUAAAAUUAUAUCCGUAUGAUUAUGACAUUUUUCCAAAGACAUGGAUUUUCCCAGCCGAUUUAGGAGCUGCAAUUGCAUAUAGUAAAACACGUAAACAAAAGACCUUUAUCCUUAAGCCCGAUCAUUGCGCUCAAGGUCGUGGAAUUUGGUUAACAAAUGAUCUUAACAACAUCAAUCCCGACGAUAGAAUGAUUUGUCAACUCUACAUUCACAAGCCACUCCUAAUAGAUGGAUUUAAAUUUGAUCUUCGAGUUUAUACACUUAUAACAUCUGUCGAUCCAUUACGGAUAUUCGUCUACAACGAAGGACUUGCAAGAUUUGCAACAAAUAUGUACAGAACUCCGAGUCCUAAUAACGUCACAGAUUUAUUCAUGCACCUUACCAACUAUGCAGUCAAUAAACAUAGUACAGAAUUUUCCAAAUGUGAAGAAAUGGGCAGUAAGAGAAAUUUCAAAACUAUUAAUAGGCUUUUGGCAGAAAAGGGUUGUGAUGUUAAGAAGCUUUGGCAAGACAUUGAUGAUAUCAUAAUAAAAACGAUUUUAAGUGCUUGGCCAAUGCUGAAGCACAAUUAUCAUGCUUGUUUUCCAAUGCACGAUACAAUUCAAGCAUGUUUUGAGAUUCUGGGAUUUGAUAUUCUUAUGGAUUCAAAGUUAAAGCCAUACAUUUUGGAGGUAAAUCAUUCGCCGAGCUUUCAUACCAAUCAAUCGGUUGAUUAUGCAGUUAAGGAAGCUCUUAUUCGUGACACGUUUGCUUUAAUUGGGACGAGGUUGGUAGAUAAGCGUCAAAUUAUGAAAGAAGAUCGAAAGCGGGCGAGAAAACGACUAUUUAAGAAACAGGAAACCGAAAGUGAUCAUCAUAAAUCAUCUCAUGAAGAAGAGCAUCAAAAAUUAAGUCCAUUGGCCCAACAGAUUGCAUGGGAGGAAAGCCAUUUGGGUGACUUUCGACGCAUAAUGCCACCGCAGAGUAGCGGCGAAUUUAAUAAAUACUGUCAGUUUUUCGAUCUUCAAAAUCAGGCUUCGAUUUAUUCGGAUACAGUCGCAAGUAAGCGCCGUGAAGAUGUUGCCAAGAAAUUACGUUUGGCUUUAAAGCUUAAGCAAGAUAAAAUUCUUCAACCUACUCCAUUAAAAAAUAAAUCUGUAGUUAAGCGUAUUUUGUCGAAAAGUUUUAUUGACAGAAUGCGUAUGAAAAACAUGAAACGGUACGAAAAUUGGGGACCUUCUUUUAUAUCGGAAACUGAAGAACGUCUUCGUUGCAUUGGAAUGGAAGAUCGCUCGAAAAAUAUAGCUGAAAGCAAUCUAUUAGAAAUGAUUUUUCAACUAUUUUAUUAUUUGGAAAAUUUAAAUGAAUCAGAUAUCAAAAAAUAUCCACACUUUUAUAGAAAGCUUCAAGAACAAAAAUUAAUAUAUGAACCGUGCGAUUGAUGGGUGGGGUAAGUUUAAUUCGUACCAAAGAAGGCAUGUUUUCGUGAUUUUUUUGUGACGGCACAAAAUCUUUUUAUUAAAAAUUAAAAAAAAAAAAAUUUAAAACACAAUGGUAGCAAUUAUUCGGACGUGUCUCGGGAAGAAAGUAGAAUUGCGGUGUUCCUCAUAACUUUUUACUGUAUCAUGUGAAUCAAUAAUCAUUUUUAUCAAAAAAAAAACGACUUUUAUUGAUCGAACUUUAUAUAACGGUUUUCUCACGGUUGCCAUAAUCGGAAAUAGAACAAAUUGAAAUGGGACCAUACUGCAAGUACUAGCUUUCUAAUACAAAAAUCAUAAAAAUUGGUCCACCCAGUCCAAAGUUCUGAGAUAAGAAACAUUACAAAUUACAGCCAAAUUGAGAACCUCCUCAUUUGGAAGUCGGUUAAAAAAUCAAAAUUCAUUCGUUAAAUAAUGGGUUUUGCUAUUUUUUUCAAAUCUUUUUUUUUUAAUUUUUCAUUGCUUGUAUACAAAAAUUUAUUUGAAAUCAAUGGAAUCGUUUACGAAAUGAAGAAAUAGGAUUUAUGACAGGUACCGUUAAUAAAUGAUUCGAAAAUAA